AUAAAUCUUAUUCAGUACCGUUUCAUUCAGUUAACUGUGGGCGCAAUAUUGAAGAGAAGCUAAAGAGAAAUUUUAUCAAUCAGAAAUCCAGUAAAAUCGUAAAACAUGAAGAUUGUUCGCAGAGACCUCAUCCCCCAUGGCCCCGGCAGCGUCAAGAUGGUUGCUGAAGAAGCAGAUGAUUUGUGGAUUGCGUAUAAUUUGAUAGCCGAGGGUGACACUGUUUUAGCUUCUACUUUUAGGAAAGUUUUAAGGGAAGAUGCCUCGGGAGGAAGAGAAGCAGAACGAUUAAAAUUAAAAUUACAGAUAAAAGUUGAGGCUGUGGAGUAUGAUAAAGAAGAUUCUGCCUUGCGUAUACGUGGGAAGAACAUCCUGGAGAAUGAACAUGUAAAGAUUGGUGCAUUUCACACACUAGAAAUUGAGCUUCACAGACCUUUCGUUUUGGGGAAGGACGUCUGGGACUCACUUGCUUUGGAGGCUCUUCGUCAAGCUGCUGAUCCUGCUGCAAGUGCUGACCUGGCUGUGGUUUUGAUGCAAGAGGGCUCGGCACAAGUUUUUCUAGUUGGUAAAAGUGUAACAAUUUCUCGUUCUCGGAUAGAGACUUCUAUUCCUCGGAAGCAUGGCCCUGCUAUAGCUGGUUAUGAUAAAGCUCUGACUAAGUUCUUCAAUAAUGUUGUAGAUGCUUUCCUUAAACAUAUUGAUUUCAAUGUGAUUCGCUGUGCUGUGAUUGCAAGUCCAGGAUUCACAAAGGAUCAAUUUCAUCGUCACUUGCUGUUAGAAGCAGAGAGGAAGCAACUGAGACCUAUAAUAGAGAACAAAUCACGGAUAAUUCUUGCACAUACUACCUCGGGAUAUAAGCAUAGUCUGAAAGAAGUUCUAGAUGCCCCCAAUGUAAUGAAUAUGAUUAAAGAUACAAAAGCUGCAAAAGAGGUACAAGCCCUCAAGGAUUUCUUCAACAUGCUUUCAAAUGACCCUGAUCGUGCAUGCUAUGGACCAAAACAUGUGGAAGUUGCUCAUGAGCGAAUGGCUAUCCAAACACUUCUCAUCACAGAUGAAGUCUUCAGGAACUCUGAUGUAGCAACGAGACAAAAAUAUGCCAAUUUGGUGAAGGCGGUCAAGAGUUCAGGGGGAACGACACACAUCUUCUCCUCUAUGCAUGUCUCUGGUGAACAACUGACGCUGAUGAGUGGUAUUGCUGCAAUCCUUCGGUUUCCAUUGCCCGACCUAGAUGACAUAGAGAUGUGAUGGAAUGGAGGAAGGAGUGCUUAAUCACAUUCUGUCUACAUUAUAUUGAUGUGAGAUACCUCAAAGAGAGCUUAGUAGGUGAUGAUUGAAUUACAUAUACUUCCCAUUCGCCUUAUAUUAUAAAAUGGAUGUACUUGUAUUGUACUGUAUAUAGUCUUCACAAGAACAGAGCUUUCAUCUUCAUAAGCAAAUGGGAUUUGGGUAUUUGAUAUAGUCUAAUCAGAUUAAUUUUUUUAUUGGAAAAAUGAUAAGUGAACUUCAAUUUUAAGGAAUAAUAUUUCUAUCA